AAUCAAUGUCUUAGAGCUGAUAAAGAAGAGAAGAUCAAGGCCAUGUGGGCGUGCUACGUGUCCUUCUGCCUGGAGAGGUUCAAGAGGAAAACCAACAUCCAGCAGCUGAAGGAGAAGAGGCAGGAGAGGCUGCUGGUAGUGCUUCAACGUGCCCACGACUCCUCACUGCUGAAGGAGGACUUCUACAAGAACUGGCUGCAAGUCUUACUCUCAUCGGGAGACUCGGAGCAGACCGCUGCGGUUGCCAUGGCAGCCACCCAGCGCUACAGACAAUCUGUGGACGUGUGGUGUCUGGCCCUGCAGACGAUGGUGCGUCGGGGGAGUGGCGCCACAGGCAAGCUAUUCCAGGACGCCCUGACACACGUGAAUCCCAAGUUGAGUUUGCCCCUGUGGCAGCUGCAGGUGGGGUGGAGCAUGACAUCACAGAGCCCAGAGGAAAUUGAAGCCCUGUUUCAGAGAGGUCUGCUAUCUGAGGUGCCUGCCGUUUCCAUGGAGAUAAAGGAGAAAUACCUUGACUGGUCCUACAGGGCCGGAGGCUACAAGAAAGCCAGGAAGACCUUCACCAGUUUGCGUGAGAGCCGGCCCUUCUCCAAGGCCUUUUUCACCAGAAUGAUCCAGAUGGAGAAAGCUCAAGAGACUCCCAAGACGAGCAACCUGAGGGACUUCUAUGAGAGAGCCCUGAGGGAAUUCGGCUCCACAGAUGAUGAUCUGUGGCUGGAGUAUAUCAGAGAGGAGCUUGGGCCCAGCGGCCAGCCAGAAAACUGUGGGAAGAUCCACUGGAGAGCCUUGAAGCUGCUGGAGGGGGAGAGUGUAGAGAGAUUCACUUACCAGUACACCCUGCUGCAGACUGGACACAUCUAGAACACACUUUAUAUGAUGAGUUAAAUUUGUACUUUACAUUUCCUUGCAUUUUGUAUUCAACUUGGUGUUUCAUGCAAGUUUACAACUUGAAUCAUUUUAUUUUUUGAAGAGUUAUGUUAAUGUACAUAUCAGUAAAAAUAACAUUUAGGUAUUUACAAAACAUGAACUUUGUCGCUGUUAACUUGAAAUAAAACCAUCCCUACAGUC